GAACCAAUAUCUUAUAAUGCACUUCUAUUUGAUUUGCAGAGAUCUAAAACCAGAGAACAUAUUGCUGUAUGGUGAUGGUUAUGUCAAAAUUGCAGACUUUGGGAUCAGCGAAUUAGGUAAGAUUUGUAACAUAUACACGGAUAAGCAGUUGAGCAUUGGUCAUAUAUGUUAUUGUAACCAGAGGUAGACAGAGGGGCACAGUACAACAACCUGCUUUGUGUCAUAUACUGGGUAGAUAAUUAAAGACCUGCAGUGACUUCUGCUCUUCUGUUCAACCAAUGAAUAUAACUUUUAUAUGGAUAAACUUUUUAACUUACUGCUUUCUUUCUGCUUCAGGAAUGAACUUUGACACCAUAACCAAUGGCGAAUGUGGAACCAUCUUCUAUAAGGCCCCAGAAUUAUUCCGUGGUCAAUACACAAGAUCAGUAGACUGGUGGGCACUGGGAGUGACCAUUUAUGAACUGCUCACUGGAAUCGUACCAUUUAAUGGAACAACUACACUUGAAAUUUAUGUAAUCAUCAAAAGUGAGGAGCCAAAAUAUCCAGAAGAUAUAACUGAGGAUACGCUCAGUAUAUUAGUAAAUGUAAGUUCCAAGCAUGAUUUCAGUAUGUUGGGUUGGUAUGAGAGUUCUGCACAAAAGUAAAGCCUUUCCAUUAUUACUUACCCUAUGCUUAUAUUUGUCCUUACUACUAUUCAAUAAAAGUACUUAAGUACCACAAUUUGUUUUGCAGCUCUUAAAGAAAGAUGCACAGCUUCGCCUUGGGACAGGUGAACAUGGU